CCAAUUUUGUUAUCUGUUAAACCCAGAAAACUCCCUCCUCUUCAACCCAUUCCCUUAUCCUCCCCUGCACACUACUCUGAUCACUAUGGCGGGUACAACAUCCACUGCAUUCCGUGCAACCUCUCCAACUCUCCUCGACUUCGAACCUUUCUUCUCUAACCCAAAAUCCAUACCCGCAAAUUUCCCCUUUCAAACCCGCUCGACGCCCUCAAUUUCCCAUGCCAUCCGGGCCGUAGCUCCGGGUUCGGACCGGAUCAACACAACCAGAUGCAGAGCCAAUCGUUCCGCUUAUUCUCCCCUUAAUUCCGGGUCGAACUUCGGGGACCGCCCGCCCACUGAAAUGGCUCCGCUUUUCCCCGGUUGUGAUUACGAGCACUGGCUUAUAGUUAUGGAUAAACCUGGAGGUGAAGGUGCUACUAAGCAGCAAAUGAUUGAUUGUUAUAUUCAAACUUUAGCCAAAGUUGUUGGAAGUGAAGAAGAGGCGAAGAAGAGGAUAUACAAUGUUUCAUGUGAAAGAUACUUUGGUUUUGGAUGUGAGAUUGAUGAGGAGACGUCGAAUAAGCUUGAAGGUUUGCCUGGUGUUCUUUUUGUCCUUCCAGAUUCAUAUGUUGACCCUGAGAACAAGGAUUAUGGAGCUGAGCUAUUUGUGAAUGGAGAGAUAGUUCAAAGGUCACCAGAAAGACAAAGAAGAGUGGAGCCAGUGCCCCAGAGGGCUCAAGACAGACCCAGAUAUAAUGACCGAACACGUUAUGUGAGGCGCCGUGAGACUACGCGGUGACAACUGAUCUCUGAUAAUUUUUUUAUUUUUAUGUAUCUUAGUUGGGGAAAAGCCUCUAUUAUGAGAAGAGAUGGUAUCCAGUUAUCUUGUUCUGCGUUUGUGUAAGCUCUAUUGUUAUGGGUGAUUCAGCUAUUUAGCUGAAACUUUGAAAAGAUUAAACACUUCAUUGUCACUUUGUCAGUAUAGCUUAAGCAAGUUCAUUCAUGUGUACAAAUUGUGCCAGCAUACUUCAUUUGUGAUGUAGUUUAUAAUUAAUUAGCCAGUCAGUAACCAUAUCAA